UUUUUGUAUAAAAUAAUGUAACGCACGCCCAGCUACGCAUUAUCGUAUUAGAUAGUACUUUAAUUCUUUUACUGCGUAUGAACUAUUUUACGAUAAUGUGAUUGGUGGUUUGAUUUUUCCGACUGAAUUGGAGAGACAUGAUUGGCUGUAGUAUGAUUACGUAUUUCUGCCUUAUAUGGGAUAUUUGGGAUUUUAUUCUGUCACUAGCAUUUGCGAAGGACGGUAGUUAGAAGAGCGUGAUAAAGGACACAUUUUUCUACACGCAAACAAAGCAAAAUCACACAAACAAAUAAUUCAUCUCUUUUGCAUGGAUUCCGUUUCAAGGACACGUUAUCACUUCAGGUAACAAUUCAAACAGGAUCACCAUAUAGGAAAUACAAUCUGAUAUCUCCAUUUGCCUUCGCUACUUAAAUUUGCAAGUUAUCAAUACCCGGUAGCCUACUAAUCCUAAAGACCAGAGCUUCGUGAAAUCUAUCCCGUGACUAGAGGACUGUCCCCGACUCUAUCUGAUUACCAUCCGGAAUCCUGCUCGAUUUUUGGGAUAUAUUUUACCUGCAGAAUUUCGACUUCCACUCAGAAACAGUUCAAAGGUUUACGUGAUACUACGAAACUCCAUUUAACCGCCUCAGAGAGCAUGGUUAACCCAAGCAGCAGUGCACAGCCGCCUGAUGCUGGGACAGGGAGCUUCUCAUGGAAGAGAUGCGCAGGCUGCGGGGUGAAGAUUGCCGACCGUUUCCUGCUCUACGCCAUUGACAGCUACUGGCACAGCCGUUGCCUGAAGUGCUCCUGCUGCCAGGCUCAGCUCGGAGACAUCGGUACCUCCUGCUAUACCAAGAGCGGCAUGAUCCUAUGCAAGAACGACUACGUCAGGUUGUUUGGCACCAGUGGAGCCUGCAGUGCAUGUGGCCAGACUAUCCCAGCCAGUGAGCUGGUCAUGAGAGCACAGGGCAGUGUGUAUCAUCUGAAGUGCUUCUCGUGCUCCACCUGCAGGAAUCGUCUGCUCCCUGGAGAUCGCUUCCACUACAUCAACGGCAGCUUGUUUUGUGAGCAUGACAGACCCACGGCUUUUAUCAACGGCCAUUUGAAUUCACUCCAGAUGAACCCACUAUUGUCAGACCAGAAGGUCUGCUAGAAGGGAAGACGACUUGAAGGAUGUGUGCCUUUAUUUUACUCUGUUUGUCAUCACCUGAUAUUUCACAAACCUCAACGCUGGAACCCUGCCACCUUUCCUACACCCCUGUCCUUCUGUGGGUUGGCGCUGGGUACCUGUGGCUGAGCUGAGAAACCAAGGACUCCCUACAAGUGGACCAAUCACAGCUAGUUUGAGUUUCAGGAAAAAGAGAGAGAAAGCAAGUGAUUGGGCCAGGAUCCACUGAUUCACAUUAGUGGUUCUAAGAAGAAAAUGAUGAACCGGAUUAUGUGCGAUCGGUUCUUCAGACUUAGUCCUUAGUUAGGGCAGUGUUCCAGCUGAUUCAUCUCACCCUUCAAGUGUAGUCAUAUAUCUUUCUAUAUUUUUGUGUUGCACAUUUGUUUGGUUGAAUUUUCAGAUUACAAAAUAGGACAAAUAACUGUGCACUUGCAUUUACAGUGGAACUGUAAAAUAUGUGUAAUUAUGUUUUUGUUUGAUGUAACUACACCCCUCUCUUGAAAAUGUAGCUUUGACCCCAUUAAUUCACGAUCUCACAAACACUCAAUAUUCAGUGUAGAGAAUUUCACCCGCCCUUUGAUGGUACAUAAACUGGUAUGAUGUAUUAAUUUAAUUCAUAAAAGAUUAAAUAUUUGUAAACUAUCAUAUUUCUUAGAAAAACUGUACUGCUUUGCUCAUAAAUGCUGAAAAAAAGCACUUUUGUGAAGUAUAAAUUUGGACAUUCUCCUGUGUAAACAUUGGUUUUCUAACAUAAUAUCACUCCCAGCAUCUAUGAUACAUUGUCAUUUAUACUGUAACAUGACAAUCUGGAGCAGACAAAUCAUAGGCCUUUAAUUAUAGGCCUUUGCAGGGUUUAAGUUUUUCAGAGUGAUUUGUAAUAGCUGAUUAUGUACACAGCUCUGAUUACCCUACCAUUGGACAGCUGAUACCGCCUUGAUACAAUGGCCCAGUAUUUCACCCAAUAGCUGAGCUUGAUGUGACUUUUAUAUGGGUGCUUUUAAAUUGUAAAUGGGUCAAUGUUUUAAUUUACAAAGUGUAAUCAUUUCAGCAUUGUGAAAAUGUAUAUUUCCCCUUGACUUUUUAAUCGAUAUUUUAUGUCUACUUUUGUUACAUUCUGUAAAUGUAAACCCAUCAUUUACAAAAUUCAAUAUGCAAUAAACCAGUAUAUAAUAACAUAAA